UAUAGGGCAUUCGUUUUCUUGGUCAGAUGAAACUGGCAGCAUGUACAGAACAAGUUAACAUUACUUAUGCUUGUUUUUAACUUAGUUAAAAAUUAGUGAGACUACCAUUCAAAUUCAAAUGACCAAUUAAGCUUACAAUGGAUAUAAAAAGUCUACACACCCCUGUUAAAAUGGCAGGUUUUUGUGAUGUAAAAAAAAAAAAUGAAACCAAGGUAAAGAACUUUUUCCACCCUCAAUGUGCAAUUACAAUGCAUAAAAAUUAACUGAAAAACAAUCAAAUAUUUCAGGGAAAAAAUAGUUGGGAAACAGUUACAAUAGCCUGGUUGCGUAAGUAUGCACACCCCUUUGUUGAAGUACCUUUUGAUUUUAUUACACCACUCAGUCUUUUUGGGUAAGAAUCUAUCAGUGUGGCACAUCUUUGACGUGCCAGUAUUUUUCCACUCUUAUUUGCGAAAACAUUCCAGAUCUGUCAAAUUGUGGGAGCAUUUGUUGGAUUCAAGUCUGGGUUCUGGCUAGGUCAAAACAUUGACAUUUUGGUUUAGCCAUUCUUUUGUUGAUUUGGAUGUAUGCUUUGGGUCAUGCUCAUGCUGAAAGGUGAAAUUUAUUUUUAUCUUCAGCUUAUUAGCGGACACCUGAAUGUUGUGCUCUAAAACAGCUAUUCAUGAUUCCUUCCACCUUGAUAAAAGCUCCAGUUCUGGAAAGAAAAGAAAAGCAGCCCUAACACAUGAUGCUGCCACCACCAUGCUUCACUGUGGGUAUGGUGUUACUUUUGGUGGUGCUUUUUUUUUUUUUUUUUUGGACCCUAUUCAGUUUGCAAGCAUAAAAGUGCAAAGUAAAAGCAUUAACUUUUCAAUCUUGCCUUUUCCAUUUAGUUAUAACCAUGAUCAAGCAGGAAAUAAAUAUGUAAUAAUGUGAUUUGGCAAUUUUCUUUACUUCCAUAAUCACAGAUUGUGUUUGUGUGGAAAACAAAAUUAUAAAUGAAGUAAAUCCAUCAUCAUCUUUUUUUUUUAAGUUCGUGCAGGACCUUUGCGGAGAGAUAUGGUAAAAAUUUGCACUUUAUAUUUUAAUUAUGAAGCAUUUUUAAUGAAUAAAGUGAGCUCUGUUUGAUGAGUCGUCGGUAGAUUAGACCAUCCUGAAUAUAACAUUAGCAGGUUUCCAUGUUCGACUUGUUUGGCCUGGGAGCGGCGGAGUAAAGAGAUAUUACACAUUAUUGGUACAGUAACCGGCGUUUGACAGGUAUGAUACCAACAAAUUUCCGCCCUGUGACAAACAGAAUGGACAAUAAAGUUAAGCUAUAUUAAUGUAACAUUUCAAUUCGAUAACCGGCACAGCACCUUUUAUUAAAUCCUAGUGGAGCAUAACGAAUGGUGGCAUGCUGCUGUUUCAGGAUGUCAGGAUGGCGAGCGUUGCCGGACACCUGCCGGACAGCCUGGUGCUGGAGAUCUUCCUGCGUCUCCCCCAUGCGACGGUGCUGAACGCCGGCCUGACGUGUCGCCAGUGGUUCGCUGUCUCUAGAGACGAGUUCCUGUGGAGGGAGCUGUUCUAUAGCUACUACCGUAUCCCACGCGCUGUACCUCGCCACCCAGCGGCCGUGUCUUGGUACAGGGAGUUUAAACGGCUCUAUGACUGCAUUCCCUGUGUGGAGGUACAGACUCUGAGGGAGCACCAUGACCAGGUUCUGCAUUUGGCCUUCUCUCAUAGCGGACAUCGCUUCUCGUCCUGCUCCAAAGAUUGCACCGUCAAGCUUUGGGACACCGAGCGCCCCGAUGGCACCAUCUCUCUGGUGCACAGCUCCAGCAUGCGUAAGUUUAACUGGGGCUACACGCAGUUCUCCCAGUUCAACAGCGAUGACACUCUGCUGCUGGUUUCGGGGGUCUACCUGGGACCACACCACUCCUCCUCUGGAGAGAUCGCAGUCAUCAGUUUAGAGAACUACACGUUGCUCUCGCGAGUGAGGAACAAGCCCUAUGAUGUUUUUGGGUGCUGGCUAAACGAGACUCAUCUGAUUUCUGGCAACCUGCAUUGGAUCGGCAACAUGACCUCGUGCACCGUGCUUUGGCUCAACAAAGCUUUCCAGGACAUCGAGUCUGAAAACGUCAACGUGGUCAAGCGACUCUUCAAGAUCCAGAACGUCAACGCCAGCACCAUUCGCACGGUGAUGGUGGCCCACUGCCGACGGCACGACACGCCCGACCUGCUGCUCGACUACGAGGCGCAAUCUCAGGCCCAAGCGCGAGCCCAGCAACAACACAACGGAGAAUCCCAACACCACCAGCCACUGCUUUUCAACUUGGGAGCGUCGGACAGCGAGGAAGAUGACUACGAGAGAGACGAAGAAGGCGAAGAGCAUGCUGAAACGAGGCACUCUGUCCACGUGCCCCAUGUCAACCCAUCCAGACCGGAGCACAUCAGACAUAGUCUUCAGAGUGGAAGUGCUCACGAGCGUGAACUGGAGGCGCGAGUGGCUCGGCUCAUGGGUAGCCGUCGCACCAAAGCGUCCGAUCCUAGCCUGGUAGCACCUUCUGCCCCUGGGGAGGGAGAGGACAAGACAUACUUACUGUUUACCACAGGCAGCCUAACAUACUCACCUCAUCAGAUAGGUAUUAAACGGAUCAUGCCUGAUCAGAUGACCACGUGUGGACCUGUACUAGGGGAAGAGCGCAGCGCUGAGGAAUUUUUUGAUUCGCUAGAUCAUGUGAUUGAUAUUCACGGCCACAUUAUUGGCAUGGGCUUGUCACCUGACCACAGGUACCUGUACGUGAACAGUCGUGCAUGGCCAACGGGCUGCGUGAUUUCAGACCCCAUGUCUCCUCCGCCCAUAGCUGAAGAGAUUGACAUGCACGUGAUCGAUCUGAAGAGCCUGCGAGAGGAGCGGCGCAGCCUCCGUGCACACCGAGCCUUCACCCCCAACGACGAAUGCUUCUUUAUUUUCCUCGACGUCAGCCGUGACUUUGUGGCCAGCGGUGCUGAAGACAAGCACGGCUACAUCUGGGACCGCCAUUACAACAUCUGUCUGGCCCGCCUGCAGCAUGACGACGUGGUGAACUCCGUGGCCUUCAGCCCCACUGAUCAGGAGCUCCUGCUCUCGGCCAGCGAUGACUCCACCAUCAAAGUGUGGCGCUCUCCACGCAUGGUGCGGCUGGCACGGCGCCCGACUCGAGCCCGUGACCUUCUCGCUUCCCUUCGAGCCCGCCGGAAUGCUAACGCUAAUUUGAAUGGCAAACUCCGAACAGGAAAAUCACCUUGAGAACGCGCACGGAGAGCAGGGACACGGUGAAAAACACUCCAGCUUCUAAGAUCACGAUUGCUUGGUCUCACUUUCACAAAAACGACCACGUUUCUAAUACCGUUACGAGUUGGCAUGUCUCGGGCGUGACGAGAGGGUCUUUGUGAAAGGAAAGACGCACUCUAGGGGCACAAAAAGAACCUCCAGUAGACGACUUCAUAGGAAAAUCAGCUCUUGUGCUGCCAUUUUUGUUAAACAAAUUAAAAAAGGAAAAUGUGUCUGCAUUUAAAAAACAAAACAAAAAAAAAAGCUCACCAGUGUGUCGUAUUUGCUGUGGGUUGGUCCUCUGUAAGCAUGUUUUGUUGGAAACCAGACCUUUUUUAAAAAAUUUUUUUUAACAUGUAACAAAAUGAUAUAAAAUAUGUCCAUUCAGCUCCAGAAGUAUUGGCACCCUCCAUGAAAACGAGUGCAAAAGUAUCCGGAUAAUGUAUUGUUAUCCAAACAUAAACGUGUCCGUUUUAAUGCAGAAUUAUCGGCACCCCUACGUUUACUGUAUGGAAACGUUAACAUACUCUUCUUGUAAUGUCCAUUUAAGCGUCUUUUAUUCUUUACUUUGUGUAUGGCUGCCAUCUUUGUUUCAGGAUGAAAGUUGUCAGUAGGGUUCAAAUCCAAAGAUCGAGAUGAUGGGAUGACUGAUGUUAUGCUCCCGUGUUGAUCUAGAUGUAUGUUUGUGGAAAUUAUCUUAUUAAGGUCAAGUCAGAACCUCCCGGCGGAGGCAAGCGGGUUUUGCGUUAGCGAAUACAUGUACUUGGCAGAAUUCAGGAUGCCAUCAGUUUAACUUUUGAGUGGGUUCGGCUGCUUUUUUCUUUUCCGUUUUCCCCAAACAUACUGAUGGCGUUCAUGGCUAAAGACGUAACUCUGAAUACAGUGCACAAUUGCAGUUCCAGUUAAAUUUGGAAAGGGUCAGGAAAGCAGCUUUUGUUAUUGAGGUGGCAUUCUUCUUUGACUUCCUCAGCUGUUGUGUACAAUUGUAAGCAAAUCUUAGUACGCAUGUCAACGUUUGCACGUUUUCCAAUCUACUUCCUGACUUGUACAUAUGAACAAUCAUCUCUCUGUCUCUUGUACUGAGCUUAAAUGUUACAUGUGUGCAAUCUCUUAUUGUUCAAAGACAGAAGUAGAAUCUCUGCAGACUCUGAACAUUUUAUUUAUAGAACUUUUGGAAUGACGUUUAUUUAAAAUAGUUUCGAAGUCAAUUUCGGCACGUAUGGGUCAACAAAAAAAAAAAGAGAGAUUUUCCCUAGAGCAGAGGAAUCGUAUGUAAUAUUUUAGACAUUCAUUUUUGCUGUCCUCAUGAUGGGCGCCAGUAUUUCUGGAGUUGACUGUAGGUGCAGAAUGAAGCUAUAUACAUUGAAUCCCUUUAUUGUCUUUUUAAUUAAAGAAACGUCGUAUCCAGUGUAUGGUGCAAUCGCCUUAUUUUGAGUUGUACAUGUUGAGCAGCAGAAAUAUCCUGCAGAAAUUUAAAAACACCUUAAAAACACAUUCUUUUUAAAAAAAUAAAUAAAUAAUUUUCUUAAUUGCUUAAAAGAAGCAUUUACAAAUGUGGAUUUUAAAACAUGUUGGUGGAUGUUUUAUUCAGGGUGCUUAUGUAUCUUGAAGUCGUAACCUCAGGUUCCAGUGAACUUUGUAGUUUUAAUAAAGAAUGCCACUGUGGUGUCGUGUAGACUUCAGGUGGUGUUUUGAACAGUAAUAUGACCUAAUAGUACACUGUAUUUGCUGAUCCAGAUUGAGUUUUAUGCCCUCUAGUGCUGCUUGUUCGUCAUGGAUUUGUCAUGUUCUCUAGAAUGAGUUCUCCACAAUGUCUGAGUGAGUUGAGUGUGUGUACAAUGUGACAUUUAACCCAUUAAAAGU